AUAUCGAAACUGAAACAAUUGAAGCAAAAAAAGCAAGCGUAGCUCGCUCUGUACGGAUCAACACCAACAUCAGCACCAGAGUUGCUGGGAACAGUACUACCACCAAAGGCAAGAACAACGCUGGCACCAGAAUAAGCAGUAACGUCAUUGACCUUGAGUCAAGCGUUGAAUACGAAAGUGAUAGCUUAAGCUCAGACAUUUCUGAAGUUGACUAUGACAGCCAAGGAGAUG